CUCAACACAAAACAAAAUUACCUUAAAAUAAUUAUAAUAAAAAAAACAUCAUGGGAUCUCUGUGUCCCAUUCGCAUGGCUGUUGGAGUGAUUGGAAAUGCUGCUUCUUUGCUGCUUUAUACUGUUCCCAUAUUGACAUUUUGGAGGGUUAUAAAGAAGAAGAGCACAGAGGAGUUUUCAUGUGUUCCAUACAUGGUUGCCCUAAUGAACUGUCUUCUUUACACUUGGUAUGGUUUACCAGUUGUAAGCAAAGGAUGGGAGAACUUCCCUGUUGUCACCAUUAAUGGCCUCGGAAUCCUUCUCGAGUUCUCCUUCAUCUUCAUCUACUUCUCGUUUGCCUCGUCUCGACCAAAGAAGAAGGCAGUUUUGGGAUUGGUGGGAGUUCUUACAGUGUUCUUCUGUGUGGGAAUGAUCUCUGCUUUUGUUCUGCAUACUCACCAUCUUCGUAAGCUCUUUGUGGGAUGCAUUGGCCUUGUUGCUUCUGUGGCCAUGUAUGCCGCUCCAUUGGUAGCCAUGAAUCAAGUGAUAAAGACGAAGAGUGUCAAGUUUAUGCCAUUUUAUUUGUCGUUAUUUUCGUUCUUUGCAAGUUCCAUGUGGUUGGCUUACGGACUCCUUAGCCAUGAUAUCUUCCUUGCGUCUCCAAAUCUAGUGGGAAGCCCAUUGGGAUUGCUUCAACUUGUGCUGUAUUGCAUCUAUAGGAACAAGGAACAUCAACAAGAAGCUGUGAAGGAGAUAGAAGGUUGUGUAGAGCCUAUGCCCAAUUGGGACAUCGAAAAGAACAAUAAUCAACAUCAAAUUCCACACCAAAAUAGCUCCCAAGUUUAGUACACCUAUACUAUACGAACAUUUUGAGCUAUGGCAAUGAAAACGUUUAUGAUCUAGUGUUACUGUUAAGGACAAAAUUUACUAAUUCAACUACUAAAC